AUGACUCCCGACUCGACGAUCUUCUUCUUGGCACUCUCGUGGGUGAUGCCGAGCUGCUCUUGGCUGAGAGAGGAGGAAUCCGUGGAGGCGAUGGUGCGCCAUGCCGAGGCCGAUCACAAUGCUGGGCCCGGAUUUCACGCGGCACAUCGCAUCUUCGACCCCAGCCUCAAACCCAAUGGCUGGAAACAAGUGGAGCAGCUUCGGAAGCACGUAGAAGUGACUGGCCUAAUCCGUGACAUCGAGCUGGUUGUGGUUUCUCCCUUGAGACGGGCAUUGCAAACGGCUGUUGGAGUGUUUGGAGGAGAGACAGAGCCACCAUUCCUGUCAUUGAAUGGUGUUGCAUCGUCCUCUUCUUGUUUCAAUCCACCUCUCAUUGCCUUGGAGCUAUGCAGGGAGCUCAUUACGCCUUAUGAGUGCAACAAGAGGAGCCCAAUCAGCACCUGCAAGAUCCAAUUUCCAAUGGUUGAUUUUACUCAGAUCAAAGAGGACCAAGACGUGCUGUGGCAUCCCAACAUCCGUGAAUUGAAAGAUUCCCUGGAAGGAAGAAGGCGGGCUUUCUUACAAUGGCUCCUGUGUCGCAAAGAGAAGAACAUCGCGGUUGUUUCUCAUUCCGCCUUCUUGAAAAACCUAAUAAGUAAGCGUGAUGAAGCCGGACCCUUCGUCAUCAGUGAUAAGGCGCCACGCUCAAGGCAGCUCAAAGCAACACAAAGCUUGCAGCAGUGUUGGGGCCUGACAACUGGGAUGAAGAGCUAUUUGCUUCUGUGGGUUGGAGAGCAAUCAGAUUGGGAAGAUUGCAUAUGA